AUCCCUUUCUCCCACAACCCUUAAAAUCCCCACCCCACAUUCCCUCUUCAUAGUUCAUCCCUCAAAUCCCACCCACCCAUCAGCAUCCCAGAAAAACACACGCACUUGCACACGCAGAGUCCCCCAUUUGGCAGCAUUUCUCGCAGACCCAUCAUCAAGCACCUUUCCAUCAAACCCACAAAUCCCCCCCUCCUACCCAUCAAUCAAUGGAGAACAACAACCAGGCAGCCCAGUCCUCCUCUUACCCUCCCCAACCCACCCCUCCUCCAGCAGCUCCAUUCCACCACCUCCUCCAACAGCAGCAGCAGCAACUCCAGAUGUUCUGGUCCUACCAGCGCCAGGAAAUCGAGCAGGUUAACGACUUCAAGAACCACCAGCUCCCUCUUGCCCGUAUCAAGAAGAUCAUGAAGGCCGACGAGGACGUGCGAAUGAUCUCCGCCGAGGCUCCCAUCUUGUUCGCCAAGGCCUGCGAGCUCUUCAUCCUCGAGCUCACCAUUCGGUCCUGGCUCCACGCCGAGGAGAAUAAAAGGAGAACCUUACAGAAGAACGACAUCGCGGCGGCGAUCACAAGGACCGACAUAUUCGACUUCCUGGUGGAUAUCGUGCCGAGGGACGAGCUUAAGGACGAGGCGGCCGGGCUGGGCGGGAUCGUGGGGGCCCCCGCCAGUGGGGUCCCGUACUACUACCCUCCGAUGGGGCAGCCGGCGGGUGGGCCCCACGGGGGGAUGAUGAUUGGUCGGCCCGCGGGGGCAAUGGACCCUUCUGGGGUGUACGUGCAACCCCCCUCAAACGCAUGGCAGUCCGUGUGGCAGGGCCACGCUACCGACGAUGGGUCGUAUGGGAGCGGAGGGAGCACUGGGCAGGGCAAUCUUGACGGCCAAAGUUAAAGUAGCUUGUUUGAAGAUGUGCCGUGGCGCAGUUGUUCCAUGUAGUUAAAAAGUAACUUCUUCCGAAUAUGUGGGUUGUGGCGCUGUGGAAAGGUGUCAGGGUGUAGCUGAUGCUACUUGGAAUUUUUGAUUGCUUCUAAAUUAUAAGAUGCACUUGUUGUCAGCUGUUAUUCUUUAUGGACGCCUUAGAAACUUGCUAUAAUUUUAACUUGAUCCGAUGCAGUUGAACAAAUUUGCUGCUGUGACAACUAUUUUAAUACUACUACUGUGCAGUCUUCAGUUUAA